ACUCCUCUCUAACAGCGUAACUGGUGUUGGCACGUCAGAUGUUACCAGUUCUGUGAUUUCCUGGAAUGUGUUAAUAUAUGCUAAAAUAUGUAAGUACUAUCUAUAAAUUUCACGUUGGUCUCUUAAUAUAGUCUGAAAAAAGUCCAAUCUUAUGAAAUAGAUUAUAUAUGUUCAUGAAAACUCGGUUAUAUAAUUGGUUAUUUAAAUUAAACUGCAUCAUUAAGAUCAUAGUUUAAGACUAAAGUGAUCUUGAACACUAUUUUUAUAUAUUAACAUUUUUAAAGCGUUAAAUCUGUGAACUAGUUCGGUCAACAAGAUUAUAUAGGCAAAUCACCAUUAAAUAAAUAUAAGCUCGCGGAGCACAUAUCCAUUUUAUUAGUGAAGUUGACCCAAAUAGAAAAGACAAAAAACAAUGCGAAAGGUGCUUAAAAAAGUGGAAUCUAUGUUUUAGAAUUUGUUGUAUUUAGUAAUAACUUAACGCUUUUAAAAAUUCCCACUUGAACAAUUACCUCAUUAAGUAAUCACACGAGUGAAAACACGAGGUCAACAAUUACUAUUAUUAUAAGCAUAUGCUUUGGUACCUUUCCUCUUUAAACGACGUGCGCUCAUCUCGAAAACAUGUGUGAAAACUAUUGACGAUUAACCGAGAAGAUUAACAGAAGUUACAAAACAAAAGGGGAGCUUUUUGUUGUUCUUUUUCUUUCAUAACGUUUAAAUAAAAACAUAAAACCAAAGCUAUAAUGAACAUAUAUAAUCUUAUAAGUUAGCCAACGGUCGGUCCAUUGCCAAGCUAAAGCUCCAUCUCCCCAUAAGAAAUAAAACAAACAAAUUAAAGAAACGUAGAAGGAAAGUGGAGUAAAAAGAUAGGCAUCUUUUUCAGAUGUCAAUGUAGUACUUGCUUGAUUAUAAAGUUAACGAUUUAAAAUCUAUAGCAGCUAUAUGUGCAUGUAUCAUGUAUACACAUCCGUGUAUAAAUACGGAUCACAUGAACUCGCAUGAACUCAAAAAGGGAUGAACCCUUUGUUUUACUUCCUUCUUGGCUUAACCGCUAUUUUGGCAGCGACCGCAAACGCUGGCGGACCAGUUCUCGACACUGAUGGUGAUUUCAUACUCGACGGCGGCAGUUAUUACGUUCUCCCCAUCUUCUCCGGUGGCGGUUUAACUCUCACCCCCCGUGGUGGCAACCAAUGUCCCCUCCAUAUCGGACAAGAAUAUUCAGAUGUCAAUAAGGGUAUUCCUGUAAAAUUCUCAAACUGUAGAUCUAAAUUUGGAUUCGUUCUCGAGUCAGUUAACCUCAACAUCGAGAUGGAUGUCAAAGCUACGAUAUGUUUUCAGUCAACCUAUUGGUGGGUCGAUGAGUGCGACAUGGCCAUUAAGAAGUUCUUCAUAAUGUCUGGUCCUAAGCCAAAACCUGGAGAAGAUUCAUCGAAGAGUUUCUUCCAGAUCAAGAAAACUAAAUAUUUUCAUAACGGCUACACCAUUGCGUUUUGUCCAAACGAUAACGAUUGCAUCGAUGUUGGGAUAUUUGUGGAUGAAUAUGGCGUUUGGCGUUUGGCUUUAAGCCCUACGCCAUUCCCGGUUAUGUUCGUGAAAGCUAUUGGAACAGAGACUUCGUCCAAGACUAUGUAUGAGAGAAAUUAAACUAAAGACUACAAAAUUAAGUAGAUAUGCAAAUACAAAAUUAAGUAGAUAUAUUUGUGAUCACUUUUUUGUUUUGUUCAUCAAUCAUUAUAUAUGGAAUAAAACAUUUUUCAUCUGUUUCGUUUUUCUCUAGUCCUCUCUUUAAACUAAAGAUUCACAUAACUUGGAAAUUAACCAGAAAAGAUGCAUUAUCAAACCAUUGCACCACAAAACUUCUACAGAAGAUUGGUUUAUCUUUAUACAUGAUCGAGUGAAAUUGCUGAAUAUUUUGAAAAUGAAACUAUACCAAAAUGUUUAUAAUAAACUCUACUAUCCGUUCUACAAAUUUCAGUAUAUAUAUAGUUCAAACAAAAAUAAUUCAGUAUAUACAGAGAGAAAUAAAAGGCAACACAAUGAUAAUCCUCUGUAUUACUGGCGAGUAAUACGUAUGUAUGAUAGAAUGUACGUGUUUAAUUUUAGACGAACAAAGAAGCGACCAACUAUCCAUAGAAAUGAUAAUGGAUUUCUCAUUUUUUUAAAUCACACGAGAAGUGAGCAGAUAAUAAAUUAUGUACAAUAGUAUUAUCCUUUAUCUGCGCACAUCUCCAAAAUAUAAUUUAGCCAUAUCGCGAGAUCCAAAACCAUUUCAAUAAGUUUAAUAAAGCUUUAUGUUAAAGAAAGAGCUUACAUUGCAUAAUAAAGCUU